CACAUGGCGAAUAGUGCAGCUGAUGGUUUUAGUCAACGAAAUCCACUAAUCCAGAGCAAUGCAGGAAACUGCUGUGGUCAUAUUUUUUUUUUUUUUCACCGAGGUUGUGACUCCAAGUCGAACGCCUGGAUUUUGUGCAUGAAGCGCAAAUGAAAGCUGUGUUUUCGCUGCGGGGGCAAGGUAGGCUGGGCGAGGAACGGGUAGGGAUCAAGUCUGUUGGGAGGCAAACUAUUUUGUGCAGUUUGAGGGGCGGCUGGGAGGAUCUGUGGCUUAGAGCCAUCACGGAGCUGCUGGAAGGAGAAGCAUUCUUCACCGUGAGGAAGGGGCGGAGGGACGGAGGAGAGGAGAGGAGAGGGAAAGGGAGAGGGAGAGGUGAUCGGAGCAGGCACGUCGCCCUAUCAACUGAAUCCAUCUUGAAAAACAGCUCGCAGGGAGUCUGAGCUCUGAGCUGCGCAGGCAGAAGAAGACCUCCCGACUUUUUUUUUUCCAGCGCACACGGGCGGACGCAUCUGGGCGGCAUGGUCCGGGAAGAGUGUGUCCUCACGGCGCGGAGACAGUGUGCGAGAGCGGGGGAGCCGCGUUCCUCUGUCCCGGUGCGCCGCGGACUGUGCUGAGUGAAAGCGGCGGAGCUCACUCACUCACUCACACUCAUAUAGGCGGUGAAAAAAGUGCGGACUUACGGACGGGGAGAGAGAGCGCGGGAGUGGGGGGGGACCCAUGCAGGAUAAUAUUAUGCUUUUUGGUGGACUCGCCGGGUCCAAGCCGCUGAUCGGAGCCCUUUACGCACGGAGAUACAGAAAGACCGCAUGAAGGACGGAGGCUCGGAGAGAGGGCAAAAGUUAAAUGCGGCGGCAGGGUUCGAGAUGGACGCGGGAUCGCAAAAGGUCUCUGGAUCCAAAUGCCACCCCCGGUGGGCUCUGCGGUGGUCCGGGACCAGCGGUGUGUGACGGACAGGCGAGCGAAGCCUGUGGCGGCCUUCUCCUGUGCUUCUUCAAAUUGGCUCCGGCUGAGCUCUGCGUGGAGCAGAGAGUGAAGGGUCCCGCUAUUGUUUGACGUCUCAGCAUGGAUGGAGUCGCCACCACAAAUGAGGCCGUCGCUCUUCAGCUGAGGACUAGCGUUUACGGGAUUACCGUCUUUGUUUCCUGCUCCGUUCCCAACUAACUGUCUUGUUGCUAGACUCUCCUUAGGUGGACCUCUUUGCAGAGUCGUGUUUUUUUGGUGGAUACAUACAAUUUAUUGCCUUUUUUUUGGGGGGGGGGGGUUACUUUUUUUUUAUUGUCAGUCUCCUUUUUCCCUUUUUUGCUUUUCCACUAUGGAGUUUCUGGCUGGACCAUGGAAUAAAGAUUGGGCCUCAUUUUUACAGUUUUGGUUGACUGUCAUCCUCAGCCUUCAAAUGCAGUUCAGCCCGAUUGCGUCGUGUCCCCAAGUGUGUCGCUGUGACAAAACGUUUAUUUACUGCAACGAACGCAGCCUGACAUCAGUGCCUCUGGGGAUCGGAGAGGGCUAUAGCAUCCUCUACCUACACAACAACCAGAUCAACAACGCUGGCUUCCCUGUGGAAUUUCACAAUAUAGAAUCCAUAGAAGUUGUUUAUCUGUACGGCAACCAGCUGGAUGAGUUCCCCAUCAAUCUGCCCAAAAACACAAAAGUCCUGCAUCUCCAGGAGAACAACAUACAAACAAUCUCCCGAGCAGCCUUGGCUCAGCUGAGUAAACUUGAGGAGCUGCACCUUGAUGAUAACUCCAUCUCUACAGUGGGGGUGGAGGAAGGGGCCUUUAGGGAGGCGCAAAGUCUUAAGCUCAUUUUCCUAACCAAGAACCACUUAAGCAGUGUUCCUAUAGGCCUUCCUGAGGAGCUGAAGGAGCUGCGGUUAGACGAGAACCGCAUUGCUGUUAUUGCAGAGGAGGCCUUUCAGAACGUGACACGUCUGCAGCGCCUCCUGCUGGAUGGAAACCUACUAACGGACGAGGGCAUCGCGCCGGGGACUUUCAGGGACCUGGGCUCUCUCCGAGAACUGGCCCUGGCUCGGAAUUCCCUCACCUUUCCCCCGCCCCUUCUACCAAGCCAGUCACUGGUCAAGCUCAGUCUGCAGGAGAACCUCAUCAACCAGAUCCCUGUGGUGGCCUUUGCUGAGCUAAACAGACUAGAAAAACUAGAUAUUUCCUCAAACCAGCUGCAGACGCUCACGCAGGGUGUUUUUGACGGCCUGUCGAGCCUGAAGCACCUGAUAGUGCGCAGCAACCCCUGGCGUUGUGACUGCUCCGUGAAAUGGGUGGUGGUAUGGCUCAAGUCCUUGCCAUCCUUCAUCAACGCCAGGGGCUUCGUGUGUAACAGUCCGGAGAAAGUGCGAGGCAUGACAAUCAGAGAGCUCACGCUGGACGUUAUUGAGUGCCCUAUUCUCCCCGACCAGACGCCCUGGCCCACCCUCCGCUCCACUCCUCCUCCCCCACCCACCACCGCCCCUAUCACCACCAUGAUCUCCACCCUCGUCACCACAUAUAACCCUUACUACUUUGACCCCUCCUCCCCUCCCUUACCCCCUUUCCAUAACAACCCCCCAGGACCCCUACCCCCCUAUGAGGAUCCCCUUCAGAUCUCCAUCCAUGUGGUCAACUCCACCAACAUUGAGGUGAGCUGGGCGUCUUAUUUCACCGUCACGGCCUACAAAGUCACUUGGGUCAAAAGGAGCCAAAGCCAAAAUGAAGGGAUGCGAGAGAAGACAGUUAAUGGGGAUCGGCGGCACCUCAGCCUCACCAACCUCGAGCCCCGCUCUGUAUAUCGGAUCUGUGUUCAUGUUCUGGACACCCUCAACUCCUACAGGCCAGGAGAGGAUACUAUCUGCUCUGAGGCUCAGACCAAGGCACCCAUUUCUCCUAAGCCUACCCCACAGGACGGCCUGAACUCCACGCUGCUCAUGGCUGGGAUUAUAGGCGGAGCCCUUCUCAUCAUCUUGGUGACACUGCUGGGCCUGUUCUGCUGGCACAUGCACCGGAAGAGCCGGUCUUCCUCAACCAAGUGGAAAUACAACCGGGGCCGGAGAAAAGAUGACUACUGUGAGGCGGGAACCAAGAAGGACAACUCCAUACUGGAGAUGACUGAGACCAGUUUUCAGAUAGUGGCUCUAAACAAUGAGCAGCUGCUCAAGGGAGACUUCCGGAUUCAGCCGAUCUACACGCCCAACGGGGGCAUUGGAUUUAGAGACUGUCACCUCAGCAACAACAGCAUAGCUUACUGCAAGAGCAGCAACGUUCCCAGUACAGAGUUCUGCCACACGUGAUGCAGCACUCGGACGGACGUGUGCCAGAAACAACUACUUAAAUACACACUGUUUGUGUAGAUGACAUCUAAAAGUAAAAAAAAAAAAAAUUCUAGUGAAAUAUUACUGUACCAUAUAUAUUUCCAAGAUCCGUCUACAAUGUAAUUUAUACUGUGGAUAAUAAUGUGGGAUUCUCUGCUAUCUUUUUUAUUCUUAGGA